AUGAUUUUUCCAGUGGAUAGUAUCCAAGAAGUGGUGCGGGAGUUGCACCGUAGAGCGAUUGGGAGCAGUUAUUGGUGGUUUCUGUACAGGGAGAAAAUUCAUUUAACACAGUUAUUAACGGUUGGGAGCAGUUAUUGGUGGUUUAUGUGCAAGGAGAAAAUUCAUUUAAGACAGUUAUUAGUGGUUGGUCGAGGAUAG